AUGAACAACAAUCUGAAUAAUUAUACUUAGAGCUCUUCUGAGGAAACGUAGAGCAUAUAAAAUUAGACAAGUUUAUAAACUAAAGAUAUUUCUUUUGCUUCGUUUAAUAUUUAGUCAGAUUAUAGAUAUCAUAAUGACGUAGCUAAGCUAAUAUCAGAGGAAAGUAGCAUUUUAGAUGAAGAAGAAGAUGAAAAUAUAAAGUAGCGAAGGAUUUUUGAAAUGAAUUUAAAUAAAAAAAGAAAUCAGAUACGCAAAGAAUUUCAUAAAUAAGAAGACUUUAGGUAGUCUCAUGAAAAAACUAGUUAAUUGACUUCGAAUGAGAAUAAAUUUAAGGAAGUUCUAAAUGAGUGGAUUAAAAAGAAUUAGGAAAAGUAAAAGGAUUUAGAUAGAGAUAAUGAGCUAUUAAAUAAAAUAAAGCAAAAAGAUUCAACAUUAAAUUCUACUUAAAGCAACUUUAAAUUUAAGAAGUUACAUAGUGUGAAUUAAUCAUAAAAACAAAAAAAUGAAUUUAGCUCAGUUUUCCCUAUUGCAAGUAAUAUGUCAUAAGGACAAGAAUAUUUUCCUCUCAAAAAUGAAAAAAAUCCUGAAGAAUUAAACAGCAGGAUAUAAGCUUUGAAAGAAGAAAAUAUUUAAUCUGAGCAUGCAUAAGAUGCUGAAAUUUAAAGACAGAAAUCUUUGAAAUAAAACUAUAAUAAUUUAGUUAAACACUUAGAUUAAAGAAAGAAAGAAAUUAGAGAAGAAGAAGAUAUUAUUGAAGAAAUGACUAAAAAGCAAAAUUCUUUUCAGCAAAAUUAGCUAGAAAUUUUAAAAAAUCUGUUUGCAACAAAGAAGAAUGUAUAAUAACUGAAAGAAGUUGUUGAAAAUAUCGAAGAAAAGCAGAAUAAUGUUCUAUCACAGAAAAUUACUACUUAAAAUUAAGAACAUAAGGAGAUUAAAUAAGAGGAGAACAAAUUGUCCACCAUUUUGUUAAAAAUAGAUUAAGCAGAGCAAUUGCAUAGGUAGACUAUUUAAGAGUUGAUUGAGGUGUAGAAAGAAGAAGAGUUUAGAAAGAAUAAGAAAAAUGAAUCAUAUAAGUUGAUAUUUUCUUUAAAAGACAUGAAAUAUUUAGAUGAUUUAUGCUUAAAAAAUAAAAUUGAUGAAUAUAUUGACAAUUCUAUGCUUGAGUCUUAUACUACAAAAAACAGAUAAGCAAUUAAUUUUGAUGUAUUUGAACUAGAAUAUCCUUUGAUUAAUUUUAGGAGAAGUCAUCCGAGUAUUGAAAAGAGUAAGUUAUAAGAUGUGAUUGAUGAUUUCUAUAGAGAAUAUCCUUCUGGUCCUUAUAAGCUUUCAGAGUCUCUUAUUGAGAAAUACAAAAGCUACAUUCAAAAAUUUGAAAGUUUAAAGAGAUAUUACCAGGACAUGUGUCUUUAAGUUUAGCAAAAGAGUGGAGAAUUAGCUCUUUUGACAACAGAAGUGAAUGAUUAUCUAGAUGCUGAAAAAAACUCAAAGCCUUUUGAAGUAAAAGACAAAAAUGUUAUUUAGCUCUUAGAAAAUUUCGAAGAUUUGAAGCCUUCAAUAGAGAUUUUUAAAGAAAAUAAAAAAAUAUCACGCGAAUAUAAGAAAUAAAUAUGCUUUUCUUUGGCUAUUUUUAUGAAAAUUUUGGAUAAUACGCUCAGAUUAACAAAUAUAAUUACUCUAUUAAGUACGAAUCUUUAUUUAGAAGUUCCAUUAGGGUUAACAUAAAAGAGUGAUGAAGUUCAAACAAUAGUCAACGAAUAGUUUAGUAAGAAGAAUAUAAAGAUUUUAAGAAAACAAAGAACUAAAUAUCCAACAAAAAUUGAAAGUUUAGAUAUUAAUAACGCUCGAUUAUCAAGACUGAGCAUUAUUUCACCUAUGAAGAAUUAAAAUCAAUAAUAGUAAUAGCAAUAAUAGUAGUUGCAGUAAUAAAAUUUGAGCAGGUCUAAUAGCCAAGCCAGAAUUAAAACACAUGAAUAAAAUUAUGACAAGAGCUAUGAAUUUAAAUCAUAUUACACUGAUGAUAAUUAAAUGAAGAUUGUUCCUAACGAUUAUGAUAGUUUAUUUGUUGAGCUCAUUACAAGCAACCUUAUCCCUACAGAGCUGAAAGAAAAGUGGGGAAAAUAAAUUGUUAACGAUCCACUUAUUUAUGGAUUUUGUAGUUAUAAAGACAUACAAGAUCAAAUAUAAAUGAUAGCAAAUUAAUAAGAAAAUAAAGAUGAUAAAAAAAAUAAUUUAGACAUCUAUGAUAUUUUACUUCAAACAAUGACAAAUGAAUUGAGAAAAUUGUCUAUGGAAUAGUUGAGAUCGAUUCUAUAAUAAAUACUAAAUCUUAAAGGCCAAAUAAUUAGUGAUUUGAUACUCUCGUAUAAUCAAUUGGCUGAUCAAAUAAAAUAGCAUUUACCUGAAUGGGAUAUGAAAAAAUUUAAGCAAAAGAAGAUUUCAUAAGUAAAUUAAAAUAAAAUGAUAAAGGAAAUUUAGAUAAAAGUAAGCACAAAAAUAGAUUAGACUUUAGUUAAUCCAGUAGAUAGUCCUUAGGCUAAAAUAAGAAUAGAAGAUGAGAAUCAAGGUGGCAAUAAGAAAAAAAAUAACUAAUUCAAAGUAGAAGAUUUUAUAGAAUUCUUGAAAAAAGAUAAAAAUUAAAGCAAAAAAUAACUGCAUGAAGUCGAUGAGAAAUUCAAAAAUGAAGAACUUAUUAAAAGAAGAAAAAGCUCAGCCCUUUUUAAAUAAAACUAUGAAAAAUAUUACUUAAAAAAAGAAUCUGAUCAUUACGACUAAGUUACACACAGCAUUAAAAAAAAGUAUGAAGAUAUAGAGGAAAAAUAGGAAGAAGAAAAGUAUAGAGAAGAAAUGAAAUUCUUUUUAAUCGAAAAAGAAAAAAAAGAUCUUGCUAGAUAAAAAAUCAUCAAUCACUAUCAAGAGUCAAAUAAGUCAGGAAGAUAUGGUGCAUAAAUCAAAGACCUCUUAGAAAAUUCGCAUGCUAUGGCAUUCAUAACAAGAUAGGAGUUAUCAAGAAAGAAGCAAGAUUUAAGUAGGACUUAGAUUAGUCUAAAGAAAUAAGACUUUUUAUUAGAUAGAUAAUAUGAAGAUAAUAUAAACUCUAAGAUUAGAUUAAACACAUAUUAGAUAGAAAAGUCAGAAAACAAGCAAGGUAGUAAAGACGAACAACUUUCGAGAAAUAAGCAUUCCAAAUCUUUUAGCUAAGAUAUAAGAUAGCCGACCAUAAAAUCAUAAAGAAAUGGUAGAGUUGAAGAGAGCCAUUUGAAUGAAAAAUACUAAGCUUCUUCUACUCAGUUGCCUCGUUUACCUAAUUCAUCACACUAAGGAAAUUCAAAUUAGAAUGAAAACAAUCAAGCAGAAAUAGAAAGACAAAAAAAGAUUUUAAAAAUUGAGAAUGCUUACAAAAGAGUUUAAAGAGCUAAAAGCACUAAUUAACUUCCUUCUAAUCAAAAUUGUUAAACUGAAAGAAACCAAAAUUAAGAAAUGAAUCAAUCAAAAUUACCCCCUAAGAAAGCAGAUAAUAAGUAAGUUGAUUAACCAGAGGCAGACUAGCAAACUAUAAAAAUAAAUAAGUUGACUUAAAGCUAUGCAAAUAUAAGAACAAGCAAACUAAAUAUUCCAGCUUUAAAAGUCAUGGAAUUAAUAAAAGAAAAAUAAGGUCAAAAUAAUUAGCCUUAAAAAUAAGAAACAAAACCUGAUAAAUAAAAAGAAGAGAACUCUGAUAAUCAUCAGAACACAGUGAUUAAAAACAAAACUAGCAACGAGCCUUUUUACAAACAUCUAUCUGAAAUAAAAGAAGAUAAUUCAAAUUAUAGUAAGUUGGUUGAUCGUCCUGAAAACUAAUAAGAUUAAAAUUAAAAACCAGAAAAAUUAAACAUUAAUAAAAAAUUUGCUGAUAUUUACAAAUAAAAAAUUAUAGUAAAAGCUCCAAUAACAUAAGGAAAACAAAUUAGAUCUAUAUCUAAUACAACUUAAUGA